UAUGUUAGAGAACAUUAACGAUUCCCUCGACGUUUUAGUCAUGUGUCUUUUUUUUUUCUGUUGUACAACCCUUCUUGUCUGUUCCUUAUAAGAUAUACCGAAAUGUACAACGAUAUUAUUCAACUUAGUUAAGCAGUCGUGCUAGUAGUAUACAUGCAUGGGACAAUGAAUGCCGCUGGUAAAAGCUAUGGUUCCAAGUGGCAAUAGCAAUGUAAUCUCAACUAAAAAACCGGGAAAAGAUGUGCUUGAACGACCGAAUGCUGAUUGUUAGCUCCGCUUUCACGUUCACGUGUGAGUAAUUCAAAUCCUCGUCAGCUUUUUUACUCGCAUCAGCUGAAUCGAACCCUAGGUCAAUGAACGCUUUAUGGUGCAUUGAGUCAUGCAUUCUAGAAACCUCCUGGCAUAACUGCCCUCGAGAUUAGAUUGCAGCGUCACUGAAAGUUGUAGAAAAGGGCUUUCAAUCUCUUUAGCCUAAUUUGUAUUUUCCAACUUAUCAUUUUGUCCAGUCCACGAGAAACAGAGGCAAACGUCACGUCUUAUUAUUAGUGCUCCGUUAAUCUCCGAAUGAUUUCGAACAUAGGUUAUUUGAACAAAACAAUGUACAAGUGUAUAAAUACAGGUUCGUGUUAACGUGUCGAUUACCGAAACAUGCCUUGCCCGCCAAAUAGAACUGCCAAGUAAGCAUGUUUCAACAUGAUCAAGCUGGAUUGGGCAGGGAACGUUAACAAGCCAACAUACAGCACCAUCUGCGCCAAAUACACGACACUAACAGAGUGCGACGUUAACUCUGCCAUGGCGUUUCAUUAUCAUCGAGUCCUAUGACUGUGAUCGCUAUAUGUUGCCGCCGCAUCAUAUUAUCGCCCUUCAAGUAAUGUCAUGUCUACGAAACAGACUGUGAACCGGUCACUUUUGACUUCUGUUUUGAAACUCUCUUAUUGACCCAAAGAACACAAAGCGGAGAGAAAGCUGCUCGCCUAUGAUGGGGUGGGGGAUACUAUGACCUGUGUAGGCUAUAGCGUUAGGCGCCUCCAACUCCGGCCUCAGCAGCCGGCCAGGGUUUCGGUAUUCGGCUUGUCCUCUUUCCCGCGCUAUGGAACAUUCAAAUUUUGGCGGGGAGGUUCGAACCUCUCCGCCAUCUUGAAUGUGGCCAAGCUUGGGCGGCAUCUCGCUCAAUCGCGGGACCGUUGUGUGUUUGUGAAGUUGUCUCGGCAAGUUUGCUCCGCUCGAACGAGCGCAAUUUUAACCCAUUGGUGCGUGGGGAGCGACACCGCUACUCUGAACUAGCUACAGCGUUCAGGCCGGUGUACUGCCUGGAUACCGGCUAACGAUGGAAUAGGCGCCAUUCGACCGUUGGCGUUGAUUGCGUGUGUUAGAUGAGGCAGCGAACAAUUGCAUCGGUGUUUCUAGUGUCGUCGUGUAUCAACAAAACAUUGGUCGGCGGUUCGGUACAAUUGAGGGAUAUUACAUACCGCAUCGACAGCGAUUGCGACAGUCUGCAUGGCAAUUCAAAGACUUUGGAUCACUGUUUUGCUUCGGCCUAAACAACGUAGUUGAUUGUAGAAAUAGUUGCUUGUGCUGCGGACUUUCCCUGUUCAUGUGUAUCGCUGUGUGUAUGAGUGGAUGUGUAUCAAGUUUGUGGUCGAACAAGUUCAAUAGCUAAAGCGCACGAUGACGCACGAGAACGUAGAGGUGGCGCAGGCCAACAACGCGAAGCCGGAGGUGGCUGAGAGCGCCACGAAAGCUGUCGUCGAGGGAAAGGAGGCCCCUCUUAAGAUCGAGGAAAUGAACGGCAAGAAGGUUGAUUCCAGUGGGGAUAAAGCGAGCGAGGGGGUCGAGGCCAAUGGCCACAUUAGUCCUGGAGAGGCUCCCGCGGAAGCAUCUACUUCCGAGAAGAAGGACGGCGAAGAGGUGAAAGAGGGCGACGAAAAGACCGAUGAGCAAAAGGAACAGGAAAAGGCUAAAAAGAAAGGAAAGCGUUUUUCUUUCAACAAGCUGAAGAAGAUGUUCUCCUUCAAAGAAAAGGAGAAGAAGAAAGAUUCUAAGGACGAUUCGGCCGUGAAGGAAGAGGGAGAGGAGGGAAAAGACGGCGAAGUUGCUGGUGAUGGCCCAGCCGCAGCUGAUUCCGAGGUGAAGACAGAAGACAAGAAGGAAGAAGGCGCCCCAGCACCGGUUGACGAGGCAAAAAAAGCUGAUGAGUCUGCGCCUGCUGUUGCUGCUGCUGACGAAAAAAAAGAAGAGUCCGCCAAGACGGACGACAAGAAAGAGUAAAUUACAGAAACAUAAUGACGACAUACGCAUAACAAGGGAGAGCACAGGGCACGCGGCGUCUUAAUCCUCCUCCAUCAUUCAUUAUUAAUAAUAAUAAUAAUAAACAGACAGAUAUGUCACAAGCAAAACAUCAACAACAACAACAACAACAAAGCAUCGCAAACAACACGUGAAUUUAUAUCACAAUAAAAAACCAUAACAUCUACAAGAAGACAGUAAUUACUACAAUAACAUGCCAACGUAAUCACAAAUGCCGCCAGGCACAUCGCAGCAAACACGGCGGCGGGUGCGCGGUUCAAAGCCUGCUCAGCACUUCCCGCCUCUUCGAUCGCACAACAUGGGAAAGCGGCAGGCGUGUGAAUCUCCCCCGUUCUUCGUCUGCUCCGUGAGUAUCUGGAGGUGUUUGUUUUGUCUCCCUUACCCCUUCGGCCCCCCUCCCUUAUCACACCCUUUCUCAAGCCUAAUAUUGUGCUGCUCUAUCCCCCCUCACCCCCAGUCCGAAUCCCCGAUCUCCCGCACCUCGCUUGAACGACCGACCGACAAAUGGGAGCGGAGAACGCAGGUGCCCCGGUGCCACCUUCCCAUUGAGUUACUGUUAACGAAGGUGUUACCUUACCCUAAAUAACGAAGCAGACGAUGUGUCGGAAUGGCAGAGGUGUAGGAAUCGACGCCGACGUCGCGGUAGGUGAGGGAGACACGUCCAAUAGAGGAAGAGAGAGAGGGAUUGUGUAAGAUGAAGAUGGCCAGAGAACGUAGAAUAUGAUUAUACGGAGACGAUUAAUUUUGUGGCAGAAUUCUAGGCGCAAGGAGAAAUAGGAGCGAAGGGUGGCGGGUAACAGGAGGAGACGGUCAGAUGCUAAUUAAGAAGAAUAUUGAGGAUGAUGAUAAUGGAGACUAAUAAUAAUGAUGGGAAGAGAUAAAAAUAAGGUCAUGGGAUAAUGAGAAAGAGGGAGUUCCUCCAUUUUUGUUCCAUGAUAACGAUUGAGGAAUGCGAAGUGGUCACAGUAAAGAUAACGACGGAAGACUAUAAAAAAAAGAAGAUGCGAUGAGGUCGAUGGAGGAACGUUGCUUCGACUAACCCAACAGCAACAGCCGCGUACAGAUUACAGAUAGGUGUAACGCUGACGAACCCUCCUCACUACUUCAAACAGAGCAGAGAUAUGUGAAAAAGAAAACAGAUGAUAAGAUUAUAAUAAUGAUAAUAGUAAUACUAAUAAUAAUAAUAAUAAUAAUAAUAAUAAUAAAGAUAAGAAGAAAAGGACACGAUGCGGAAGAAAGGAACGUGGAGAGAAUAGGAAAGAGAGAAAUAAGAAGUCGACGAAAGACGUUAGCAGACGCAACAAACUACACCCUCGAAUGUCUCUUUGUAUAAUUUCAAUUGAUUUUACGAAAAAGAUUCAACCAACAAACAAAAACCUAUUGACCAACAAUAAGAGGAUGUAAGUUUUUACCAUCAUACCAGGAUCCCUCACCACGCGGAGGACGAUCUAUUCAUAAACAAUAUCGAGAAUAAAGGGAAAAAUAAAAUGAACAUGAAAAUAAUAACCGAAUUGAGUUUGUUUGUCGGAUCGACUUCCGACAGACUUUGUCCGCCGAUUAUGGGGAUACACGGUGCGCAAAGCAAACGGCAUCGAGGUUGUUCUUGGUGGGACAAAGAUAUUAUUUUUACGAUUAUUAUUAUUAUUACUAUUUAUGUGUCCUUCUGUAUAAUAGCUCCAUUACAAUGCACGUAUAUAAUAAAUUAAUAGCGGAAAAAAACGCAUCAACAGCAACUAUAGUAACAUCAACGACAAACCAUGAACAUCAACAAAUACGCGAGCUAAAAGAAACCCAUUGCGUCCUCUUCACGACGGCACAAUAAUAAUGUGAAUGGAAAAAAACCAACCAACAAAGAACCAGGAUUAUUCAAAACGAAUCAAAUAAAGCGUUUUAUAUACAUGCAAAAAUGUAUACGUAAAAAAUA